UGCAAUCAUCCUGCAGGAGAAGAGAUAGCUGGUGAAGAUGUGGAGGUUCACUUGUGUCAGUUUAGCGCUGCUCUUGUGUGUUCAAGGUUCACAUUCUCAGUUGAAUGUUUGUGGACUAGCCCCUUUAAACAACCGUAUUGUAGGGGGCGUGAAUGCUUUUGAUGGUUCAUGGCCAUGGCAGGUCAGUCUGCACAGCCCUAUCUAUGGCGGUCAUUUUUGUGGAGGCUCCCUGAUCAACAGUGAAUGGGUGCUGACAGCUGCACACUGUUUACCUCGUAUUACUACAUCCAGUCUGCUUGUGUUCUUGGGAAAGACGACACAGCAGGGAGUCAACACCUAUGAAAUCAAUCGAACUGUCAGCGUGAUCACCGUUCACCCUUCCUACAACAAUCUAACCAAUGACAAUGACAUCGCUCUGCUGCACCUGUCCUCUGCUGUUACCUUCAGCAACUAUAUCAGACCUGUGUGUCUGGCGGCCCAGAACAGUGUCUUCCCAAAUGGAACCAGCAGCUGGAUCACAGGCUGGGGAAACAUUCAGUUGGGAGUGAAUCUACCUGCUCCUGGGAUUCUGCAGGAGACCAUGAUUCCAGUAGUGCCUAAUGAUCAAUGUAAUGCUCUACUGGGUUCUGGAUCUGUCACCAACAACAUGAUCUGUGCUGGUUUAUUACAGGGAGGAAGAGACACCUGCCAGGGGGACUCUGGUGGUCCAAUGGUGAGCAAGCAGUGUUUAGUGUGGGUUCAGUCUGGUAUCACCAGCUGGGGUUAUGGCUGUGCUGAUCCAUAUUCACCUGGAGUUUACACCCGCGUAUCACAAUAUCAAAGCUGGAUCAACAGCAUCAUCGUCCAGAACCUUCCAGGAUUUGUCCUUUUCAACUCUUCAAGCACAUGCUCAAGUGUUUCUAUGACUUUACCUAAUUCUACUGCAUUACCUACUUCUACUAUUUCAACUGCAUCCCCAACUACUACUACUACCACAAAAAUUUCCACGAUCUCAUCUGCAUCUACUAAACCACCUACUACCUCACAAACUUCUACAACAACUACUACGAAUUUAAGACCUCCGCCCAAUCAGACCUCAAUCUCUUGUCGCAAGAGAUGUGGUGAAAAAUACGACAUCCGCAACCGCUGCAACUGCAAUAAUCGCUGCCACAAAAACUGCUGCUGGGAUUAUGAAAAGAAAUGCAUGGAUCAAAGAGGGUAAACUCUUGGUCAACACAAGCUUCUCUGUGACGGCUUCUCUCUAUGUGUCUUUUCAUGUUCUUCAUGCAUUCUGUAUGAUGUCAAGUACAGUUUACAGAAUAAAUAAAUAAAUAAAUUUUAUAAAUAUAUAUAUAUAUAUAUAUAUAUAUAUAUAUAUAUAUAUAUAUAUAUAUAUAUAUAUAUAUAUAUAUGUUUAAAUCAGCUCAGCAUUUAUAUUAUUUUCUUCUCUUGACUAAAGAUUUCAAGUCAAAUGUCAAAUAAGUACCUUCAUUUACAAAUUCUUGUAUAACAUAAAACAUAAAUAUGAAUGUAAUUUCUGUCUUGUUUUCUAUUUAUCUGUUAUCUGUCAUGAUUAAAGAAAUACUUUGCAUCA